AAUCCAUAUUAUCAACAAAAUUUGAGCAGGAUCUGCUAACAGAAAUAAGGAUAUUCUAUAAAGGAUGGAAGAUUUACAGCCCAUCUCAGCCGCUAAACAAUCGGCUUUCUGUGUGGAAAUGUUGAAGCGCCUCAACAUUCAGCGAGAACAAGAUUAUUUGUGCGACAUCACCUUAGUUUCGAAAGAUAACUGCGAGUUUAAGGCUCACAGAAAUGUGCUUUCCGCCGCAAGUCCGUUCUUUUGCAGGCUUCUUCAGUGCGACAUGAAAGAGAAUCAUCAAGGGAUUAUUCGAUUUGACGAGAUCUCAGGAUCUGUUAUGGAAGAUGUUUUGGAAUUCAUCUACACUGGAACUGUGGAAGUAACUCAGGAAAAUACCAAGGAACUGAUCGCCACAGGGAAUUAUCUGAUGAUACCGAGCUUGAAAACUGUUUCGGGGCGAUUUCUAGAGGGAGAAAUGUCUAAUUCAAAUUGCAUCUCGACCUUUUAUUUCGCUGAGAAAUACGACUGUGUUGAGCUUAUUGGCAACAGCACGAAAUUCAUCCACGAAAAUUUCGCCUCCGUAGGAGAAAUGGAUGAAUUUCUGAGUUUGGAGGCAAAGGAGGUGGCGAGGUGGAUUUCAAGUGACAAGAUUGCUGUGGAAGCGGAAGCCAGCAUCUUCAAGAUCAUACUGAAAUGGGUUGAACACAACAAGAGCGAGCGUAUAGUAGCAUUUGAAGAAUUGUUUCCUCAUGUUAGACUGAGUUUUCUGUCGCGUGACUGUUUGGAGGAUAUCGUGACAAACGAACUGGUGCGUGAGAAUUUGGCUUGUGUGAAGCUGGUUAUGGAGGCUACUACAAAGAUGGCUACUUUUGUCGAUGACGAUGAUCUCCCGAAGUCACCGAGAAAGGGAUAUGAUACCCGUGUUAUUGUUGCUCGGGGUGGCAAGUGCACUUUUUGUUAUCUCCCUGAAGAGGACCUGUGGAAGCGCUUACCAGAUGGUCUGAAGGAAAGCACGUUUUCAACUCAGAUGAUAAAAUUCCGUGAUCAGUUGUUCGCAUUCAAGGAUUAUGAUAAUCAAGAGAGGUACGAUCCUGUUUUUAACGUUUGGUCCGAGCUAAACUUGAAUGCAGGUUCUGCAAAGGUGGCCGUUCUUAAAGGAGAAAUUUAUGCUGUCGACGUUGACAUCUGUUACAGGAAAAGCUCCACGAAGAGGUACAAUGUAGAGAAAUAUAAAUGGGAGACACUUCACUCGUCUAAUGAACUGUAUAGACAGAAUACCUGUGUUGUUGCAGCCGGCAGCCAUCUGUACGUGUUUGGUGGGAGGAAUCCAGACUCAAGGGAUUACUCCGCCAAAGCUGAGAGAUUCGACACCGUGGAGAACAAGUGGGAGGAAAUCGCAGACAUGCUAGAAGGAAGAGGCGAAGCUUUCGGGGUGGCCUCUCAAGAAAAAGUCUUCGUUGCUGGAGGAAUAAGCAGGAGAGGGAGAUUAAAAACUUGUGAGAUGUACACUACGUCGACAAAUGAGUGGCAAUGUAUUGCAAACUUGAAUGUUCCACGUUAUAACGGUAGUAUUGUUUGUCUGAAUGGAAAGCUGUACGUACUGGGUGGAAAAAAUGGGAGAAACCAAACUGAACUGAGUGUUGAAUAUUUUCACCCGGCAAACAAAAUAUGGAUCCACAAAACAACCAUACCAGUGACGAACAUCGACCCAGGAAAUAAAAACGCAUUCACUGCCUCUGUUCUGAAGCUCUCCAGAGAUUUAAUAGACAAACUAAGCAUUGUUGGGGAGUAGUUUUUCCGAUAAUUUACAGCUUUGGAUUUAGCCAUGAUGUUCGUGACAGACAGCAGGAAUAGGCAUUCGCUUUUUAUUGCCUUAAUUUAGUAGCUCGCUCCCCUAAAAAGUCUAAGUUAACGCAGGGAUCAGUUUUGACCGUUUACCGUUUGCUGUACACCGUUAUACUUUAAACUCACUCACUAAAGAUGGCACUUUGUGUAGUGAUGUUUACAGCAGCUGACUUCUAAAUCAUUAUUAUGUAUACUUGACUGCUUCGCAACUUUCACACUGACUGCCUCAGUGGUCAAAAA